AUGUAUUACAAAAUAGAUAAAUAUAACUUUAAAAUUUACAUAGAAUAAUCAAUUCAAUUUAGAAAUGAUUUAUUUAGAAAAUUUUAAUAUUCCAUUUGCAAAUAAUUUUAUUUUAAUUAAUGUCUUUUAUUUCAUAAACUAAAAAAAGCUAGAAGUCUUUCUGUUUUUAUACUUCUUUUCAAUCCAUUAUUAUUCUCCUAGGAUUUUACUUUAGUUUUCAGGAGAUUUGUUUAUCUCUGUCCUUGUUUCGUGUGGAAUCAUGCAUUUGUUUAAAUACUUCAAUUCUUUUGCAACCUUUAUUUUCAAGGUUAUGGUGGAGAUUGGCAAAAAUGCUUUAACAUAACAUAUGAUUUCUCAUCGAAAAUUAUAUACGGAAUAUUUGGAGUAGCAGUAAUAGAUGGAUUAUUUAGGCAAGAUCAUGUAAACUUCUUUUCAAACGGAUUGAUUAUAGUUGCAACACAUCUAGUUAUAACAAUAUGUUCACUUAUCUUUUUUGCAUUUAAUAUUUGUAAAAUGAUUACUAACUUAAGCGAUUAUCAAAAUAUGUAAGAAUUAGUAAAAGUUAAAAAUAAGACCUAAGAGUUUGCAAUUGUUCUUGGGCUUUGCUACGGUCUUAGAAUAUCCUAUUAUUACAUUUAUGCCUUUGAAAUUAGAGCUGACGAUUAAUCAGAUGAUAGCUGGAUUAUAGUUAUAGUAAUUUUAAUUUUCUCAUUCAAUAAACUUAAAAAAAUGAAUAACAAAAGGACUUACUUCUUUGCGAAUUGA